GAUCAAAAUGAACUUAUUAAUGCUGUGAUAUCCGUUUUAGCUAUACCUGAAAAUAAAACUGUUGUUGCAGAAAAAUAUGCUAAUGAUAAGAAUCAAGCCACUGAAGUUCAAGCUUAUGCGAAGAUUGCAGGUAAUAAUUGGACUUUUUAUGUCAAAUCAUUAUCUAUUUCAAUAGGAAGAAACACUGAACCUGCUCCAAAUCAACCUCCAAUUCCAAAAGAAUCAACAAUAGAUAUAGAUUUAGGUCCUGCAAAAGUUGUUAGUCGUCAACAUGCUUCAAUAAAUUAUAAUUUAAACUCAAGAAUGUGGGAAUUAUUCGUUAGUGGUCGUAAUGGUGCCAAAAUUGAUGGUUCAAGAAUUCCAUGUGGUCCUGAUUCAACUCCUUCUCCAUUAUAUUCAGGUGCUGUAGUAGAUAUUGGUGGUACUCAAAUGAUGUUUAUUUUACCAGAUGCUCAACCAAAAAUUUCAAGAACAAUAUUAGAUUCUGUUAAUUCAAAACUACCAAAACCUAAAAAUAAAAGAUUAAGUAGUAUUGGGUUUAAUUCAAACAAUUCAAAUUCAACAAAUAAUGGUACCACUGCAACUUUUACCACUUCAAUGUCAUCAAAUUCAAAUAGUAAUCUAAAAGGUUUCCAAAUGUAUAAUAAUAUUGAUUCAGAAUCUGACAAUUUAAAUAAUAAUGGUGGAAUGGGUUCAAAACAAGAUAAUGAUUUAUCAAAAGAUGAAUCAAGAGAUAUCAAACCUCCAUAUUCUUAUGCAACAAUGAUUACUCAAGCAAUAUUGUCAAAUACUGAAGGUGUUUUAUCAUUAUCUGAAAUUUAUGAUUGGAUUUCAUCUCAUUAUGCUUAUUAUAGGUUUUCAAAAUCAGGUUGGCAAAAUUCAAUUAGACAUAAUUUAUCAUUAAAUAAAGCUUUUGAAAAAGUUCCAAGAAGAGCAAAUGAACCUGGUAAAGGUAUGAAAUGGCAAAUUGCAGAUUCUUAUAAAGAUGAAUUUAUGAAAAAAUUUCAAAAUGGUUCUUUAUCAAAAGUUAGAAGAGGUUCUUCAGUUUCAAGACAAUUACAAUUACAUUUAGCUAUGCAUAAUGAUUUACCUGCAAGUCAAGCUGCU